UCCCUAAGGCGUUGCACUAGCUGUAGGCAGUGUGAAUGUUUAUUGGGGGGUGUGUUUGCUUGGGGGAAGGUUCCUUGUUCUGUAGCCUAUGUGGGGAAAGUAUUUAUAAGAAAACCUUUCUAAAAAAAAAAAGUUACUUAUUUGGACAAAAAUAGCUGUAUCAAGCACUUUAAAAAGGAACAAAAGGGGUGUCGCUAUGGUUGCUACAAGCACACUGAAUAGUAAAAACGCGGAAUGCAUAUCAGAAUUGAUUGACCGUAGAUACGACCAGGCUUGUCUCGAAAAUGAGCUGGAUUUCUGGGACCACUGUCUGGCUGAGCCCCACCUAAACGUGGAGGUGUCUGAGGACGGGACGUGUCAGCAGUUGGCCAAGAUGUUCGAGAACUGCCUGUCGCGGUCCAAGAAGACCACUCUGCACUGCUCUAAGGUGCUGGUCCCUGAGAAGCUGACUAUGAGGAUGGCACGCGAUGUCCUGCGCCUGUCGUCGGGCGAGCCGUGCGGCCUACGUGGCUGUGUACUCUACAUUCACCUGGAGCAGGAAACGUGCUGCAAGCAGCUGGAGCGCAUCGUGUACAAUGCAGACGUGGUGCCCAUCUUCGAGCUGACGCUGGUGUUCAAGCAGGACUGCAGCGCCUGGCCCAGUCUCAGGGACUUCCUGCACAUUGGUGCCUGUUUCACUCCAGGCUUCAGGCACGCGCUCAAACUCAGCCCGGGCUUCCGGCUCAUCAAGAAGAAGCUCUACUCCUCCUUGGCUGGUACUGUGGUAGAGGAGUACUGAGAAGGGGGAAUUGAGGAAGGUGGGACCCCGGGGUUGGGUCAGGGAUGUCCUGGGGAGGGGUACAAUGCACUUCUACACUUGAGUAUCUGAAUGUAAAGAUUACUUCUGGAGGGUCUUAUUUCUACAUGGUUUUUGUAUGAAUACAGUUUGUCAUGUGAACGAGUAGUGUCAUACAAAGGUUAUUGGUGUCCAGCCUGUCUGCUCCAAUGUCCAGGAUGGUACAACUGAUUAUUCAAAAUGGACGGACAAGGUUUGGUUACUGUAAUGGAUUAUUGUCUAAUGCCUAAAGAAGAUGAGCAUAACUUUCAUUGACUUCAUAAUAUUUGAAAACUUUUCCAAUCAGCUAAAGUUACAUUUGUUAAAUGAUUAUUUUAAUGUUCUGGAUAUAGACUGUUAAUAAUUUUUCUAUUCAUUAUUCUAAAUUACACAAUUAGGCAAUUCAUGUUAUGAAAUGUUGUGUUGAUGUCCACUGAUUUGUUUUCCAGAUUUAUGUAGGUACAUAAUGUUUUUGAUCAGUCACUAGCCACUUUGUAAUUGUGUCAGUUUGUUUGCAGAUUUGUCCACUGCUGUUCAGCAAAGUAAACACUUCUAGAGGCUAUAGGAACAGGACUUGGAAAAAUGUUCGGGGGCCAUAAUCUAGGUGUUCAAUGCUGAAUUGAGGGCAUGUGAAUGUUUGUCCUUGUGAACAUGCUGCUCAUCGACGGCGCGGGCUCUCCAACCUCAACGGAUGCAGAUGCCUUAAACUGCCUUAAACCUUAAAAAUUUAGAAAAUGUAAAAAGUAUAUAUCUAAAUGUUUAUUUUUCUUGCACUUGUUAGAUCCUAGCUCCACAUGGGUUCUUUAGAGCUUGUUGAUCUUUUUAUACCUUUUUUUUUUUUCUACAUUGUCAUUGCAUUUCCUUUCUCGAUUGUUAAUGGCUGCGGUGCUGUUUUUAAGCAACUGAGGAUUCUUUUUUUGGGACAGGUUCUUGUUAAAGGAAGUCAAUCUUUUUUGACAAUUAAACAUUUUAAACCUA